UUGUGCCAAUACAUUUUAAUGCUCUUUAUUUAUAAGUAACCAAUCAAGCGGUUCAAGAAAAGCUGAAGAGCCGGAGACUGAAGAGCACACUUCCAAUUUCCAAAAGCCAUUCUUGCCUUUUCUACAUCAUUUCGUUCUCCUUGCGCGGUAGUCUCCACUUCGCGUUGGAACCGUGCCUUUGAGCGGUACCAUUUGGAGCGUUCCUGUUAAAAGUUUCGAACGGCUCGUCGUUUCGGCGGUGAUCAUGGAAGAUACAGAGAGCUGCAGUAGCAGAGCCGUGGAUUUCGCGCCGACUCUUAGUCGGAAGCAGAGGCAGAAGGUCGUAGUGUACAAUCAAGUUCUUCAUCGUCUCAGAGACUUGAGCUUCGCAGAGACCAGUCUUCCUGGUUUUGAGGAUGAGCUUUGGGCGCAUUUUCAUCGCCUCCCUGCUAGGUAUGCAUUGGAUGUGAAUGCCGAGAGGGCACUAGAUGUUCUUAUGCACAAAAGAUUAUUGCAUAUGGCACGCGACCCUGCCACCAGACAUGCAAUUGAAGUCCGUGUCGUGGAGGUUCAUUUUUCUACGGGUGGAAAUUGUAGUCAUUCUUUUCAUUCGAACUCCCAAAUGAAAGUGGAUGCUCAAUGUUCUGAUCAUUCCAGCGAAAAGUGUGUUCAUCCACCGCCUGCCUUUGGUCCGUCAACUGAUGUUGAACCAACUCUUGAAGUCAACCACUUACAUGUUGAAGAUACGCAAAAUGGCAUGACUGAUACUUGUCUUCGUUCCCGGGCAAUGCAUGAAAUUACAAUUUCAACAAAUGACAAGCCCAAACUUUUCAGUCAGUUGAGUUCCUUACUGUAUGACGUUGGCUUGAACAUUCAAGAAGCGCAUGCUUUUUCCACUACAGAUGGCUACUCUUUGUUUUUUUUUGUUGUUGAUGGCUGGGCACUUGAGGGUGUGUACAAGUGUAGGAGAUGUUAGAGCAGUUACUAAUAUUUACCCGAGGGGGAUUAAUCCUCUGGACAUGUAAAGAGCUUGGAAAUGCUCUUAGGGGAUCACCAAUUGACACCUUGAUCAGGUCUUGUCUUUUGCAAGAACGACAAGGAGGUGGAAAUUUCUGGCUUUAGAUUUCUGGCCAAACAGGAGCUCACAGGAAGAUUUCAAAGGUUGUUGUAAACUGAUUUUAGGAGAUUGGUUUUCUUAAUUUCUUGGAGAGGAGGGAUAUUUUUUAGGAUGGCUAAUAAUGAAGAGACAGGUAGCCCAGGUUGGGGUGCUUCGUUUGAGGUUACCCUCCAGAAAAGCAGCUGCCUCUUAAAUACAAAGAUCUUUCAUUUUGCUUCCCUGGAGGCUUGGAGGUUGGGUGUAUGCUUUUUGGGUCAAUUUUUGGAAUGAUCAGUUUGUGUAUUUGAAAGUUAGGAGCUAUAUUUCUUAUUGCUCAUGACUUCUAGUUGUUCAGCUGCUGUGGAAUCAUAACUUUAGUUAUCUCGAGCGAUUUGACUAUAAAUAGGCUUGAUGUAAUUCUCAUAACUGUUAUAUAAUAACAUCUAUUA